AUGGUAUCAUGCCAGACGAUCGUUGUGAUGAUGAUGGUGGUAUUGGUCACAUUGCAGUGGUUGGGGUAUACUUGUAGUUUUGCAGAAGGUUACCCGGAAGACGAUUUGGUGGUGAGGCUUCCAGGUCAACCGAAGGUCGGGUUCAGACAAUUUGCAGGAUAUAUCAAUGUGGACUCGGAGAAUGGUCGUAGUCUGUUUUACUACUACGUCGAGGCUGUAAAAGAACCCGACACUAAGCCCUUAACCCUUUGGCUUAAUGGAGGUCCAGGUUGUUCUUCAGUUGGUGGAGGAGCUUUCACUGAGUUAGGUCCAUUUUACCCCACAGGCGAUGGUCGUGGCCUCCGCAUUAACUCCAUGUCUUGGAACAAAGCCUCGAAUCUGCUAUUUGUGGAGUCGCCAGCGGGAGUAGGAUGGUCAUACUCGAACAGAAGCUCUGAUUACAACACCGGGGACAAGUCUACUGCUAAUGAUAUGCUUAUGUUCUUGUUGAGAUGGUUCAAGAGGUUCCCAGAGUUGAAGUCUCGCAACCUCUUUCUCACUGGCGAAAGCUACGCUGGACAUUACAUACCUCAGUUGGCUGACGUGAUACUUACCUACAAUUCACGCUCAAGUGGGUUCAAAUUCAACAUCAAAGGCAUUGCAAUUGGGAAUCCACUUCUGAAGCUUCACAGGGACUAUCCAGCUGCAUACGAAUUCUUCUGGUCGCAUGGGAUGAUUUCUGAUGAAGUAAGACUCACAAUCAUGAGCCAAUGUGAUUUUGCCAGUCCACAGAACAUGAGCAAAGUCUGUACCGAUGCUAUCAUUGAAGCCCGCAUCGUCACUGAGUAUGUCAACUAUUAUCAUGUUCUCCUCGACUUAUGCUACCCGUCUAUUGUCCAGCAAGAGUUGAGGCUCAAGAAAAUGGCCACUAAGAUGAACAUGGGAGUUGAUGUCUGUAUGACAUACGAAAGAAGUUUCUAUUUUAAUCUCCCGGAGGUACAGAAGGCCCUUCAUGCAAACCGCACUCGCCUACCUUAUGAGUGGACCAUGUGCAGCAACCUGUUAAAUUACAGUGGCAUCUACUGGAACAUCGAUAUGCUUCCGAUUCUUAAGAAAAUUGUACAGAGCCAAACUCCUGUUUGGAUCUUCAGUGGAGAUCAAGAUUCUGUAAUUCCUCUUCAAAGUUCAAGAACUCUCGUACGAGAGCUUGCACAAGAUCUCAACUUCAAGACUACAGUUCCAUAUGGAGCCUGGUUCCACAAAGAACAGAUUGGUGGCUGGUUCACUGAGUAUGGAAGUCUACUAACCUUUGUAACGGUAAGAGGAGCGGCUCAUAUGGUGCCGUAUGCGCAGCCCUCACGAGCUCUACUUAUGUUCAGUAGCUUUGUGAGUGGCAGGAAAUUGCCUAACAAACCGCAUUUGUCUAUUGAUGAUUGA